CUCGGUACUAGAGGGAGGCGGCAGGCCCGCGUCAGGGGCCUCGAGAUCGGGCUUGGGCCCAGAGCAUGUUCCAGAUCCCAGAGUUUGAGCCCAGUGAGCAGGAAGACUCCAGUCCUGCAGAUAGGGGCCUGGGCCCCAGCCCCACAGGGGACCGGCCCCCAGGCCCUGGUAAGCACCGGCAGACGGCCCCAGGCCUCCUAGGGGAAGCUGGUCACCAGCAGGGGCAGCCGGCCAGCAGCAACCACCAUGGAGGCGCUGGGGCUGUGGAGACCCGGAGUCGCCACAGCUCGUACCCCGCGGGGUCCGAGGAGGAUGAAGGGAUGGAGGAGGAAGAGCUCAGCCCUUUCCGGGGGCGCUCGAGCUCAGCGCCCCCCAACCUCUGUGCUGCACUGCGCUAUGGCCGCGAGCUCCGGAGGAUGAGCGACGAGUUCCAGGGCUCCUUCAAGGGACUUCCUCGCCCGAGGAGCGCGGGCACAGCGACGCAGAUGCGACAAAGCCCCAGCUGGACGCGCGUCAUCCAGUCCUGGUGGGAUCGGAACUUGGGGAGAGGAGGCUCCGCCCCCUCCCAAUGACCAGUCCCACAGCCCGAAACUCUUCCCCCCUUCUCGGCGCCGCCGGCGGCCAUCUUGGCUGUGGGCGGAAGUCUUUUCCGCAGGCUUUAUGCAAGAAAGAGGAUCAGUUCUUUCCUUUUCGAAGGAGGCGAUCUGACCCAAAGGCCGAAUUCCCUUCCGGUGUGUACGAGGAGUACGGAGGGGUUUGGCCCCGUCGAAAGUUUUGAAGUUUAUCCGCCCUUAGCCGCCGGAAGUGGCCCCGUGACCCCGCCCCCGGCGCUGGGCUACCCCUAGCGUCUGCGCCAAGUUGCAAGCUGGGAAAGUUCUAACUUCACCAGAGCCCUUUCCUCCGCGGUAUCGCUGCGGGCCAUCGCUGGCAACGAAAUAUGCUAAUAAAGCCCGCGUUUGUGCCGCCG